AUGGGAGAUAUCGUGGUAGCGAAGGCAAAAGAAGGAGGAGGUCCAUCGUCGAUCAAGUGUCCAAUGCUAAACGCAACAAACUAUACGGUGUGGGCUAUGAGAAUGAAAAUUCUACUCAAAGUCCAUAAAGUAUGGGAGAUUGUGGAGACUGAAUCGGAUGCAUCAGACAAGAACGACAUGGCAACGACGCUUCUAUUUCAAUCGAUCCCGGAAGCCCUAAUUCUACAAGUAGGUGAGUUGGAGCCUGCAAAGAAGGUUUGGGAUGCAAUUAAAGCUCGACACUUAGGUGCAGACAGAGCGCGAGAAGCGAGACUACAAACUCUUAUGGCUAAGUUUGAUCGUCUUAAGAUGAAGGACAACGAGAGCAUUGAUGACUUUACUGUCGCAUCGCUUGAACAAAUCCUCGAUCUCAAGACGACUAGCUUUGAAGAUAUCAUAGGUCGCCUAAAAACCUAUGAAGAACGGAUAUACGAUGAAGAAGAAGAACAUCAAGACAAUCAACAAAGCAAAUUAAUGUACACUAACAUGGAGUAUCAAUCAAACCAAGAGUAUUAUAAUGGCUAUAGAGGAAGAGGUCGAGGAGGUCGUGGCUACUAUAGAGGGAGAGGACAAGGUCCCUCGUAUUGGGACAGCAGAGUAACCUGUUUCAGGUGUGAUAAGAUAGGACACUUCGCUGCAACAUGUCCAGACAGAUUGCUUAAGCUCUCUGAGGCACAAGAAAGUAAAGAAGAUGACACACAAGAGGCUGAUAAAUUGAUGAUGCAAGAAGUGGUCUAUCUUAAUGAAAGAAGCGUGAGACGUAAGGAGUUUGAAUCAAGCAUGGAUGGAGAUAAGAUUUGGUACCUGGACAACGGUGCUAGCAAGCAUAUGACAGGAAACAAAAGCUACUUCAAGAGCAUCGACGAAACCGUUACAGGAAAGAAGCAACAUCAUUAG